AGCGGGCCGCGAUCACGUAAUCUCCCCCCUCCAGCCAGUCCAAUGUUUAAAGAGCCUCCACUCUCCACUCCAGAUACUUACACAACAGAGCCGCGUCAGCAGUCACCGCAGUCGGGUGUCAAGGGCAAACUGACCACGCAGCUUCCUUCCAGUUUCUAGAAACAAGUAAGCUUACUUCGACUUGUAUAGGGAUAAAGGAGUGACACCAAACAACUACCAUGGAGCCUGUUGAACUUUAUGGUUUCAAGAUCAGCCCACCUCUCCGUGCAACAAUGAUGACCUGUGAAGCACUAGAUGUCAAAUACAAACUCAAAUUCCUUGAUGUUACAAAGUGGGAUCAUCACAAACCAGAAUACUUGAAGCUGAAUCCAAUUCACUCCAUUCCAACAUUGGUGGAUGGUGACUAUGUUCUUUUUGACAGUCAUGCCAUAUCCUGCUACCUUGUCAAUGCAUAUGGUAAGGAUGACAAAUGGUACCCCAAAGAACCCCGUCUUCGAGGAGUUGUUGAUCAACGACUGCAUUUCGACAAUGGUGUUCUCGGUCCAGCAUUGAAGAAGAUGGGGGUCCCUGUUCUGUUUGGCGAAAAACCUAACCCCGACCAUAUCGCACAUGUGAAGGAAGUCUUGGAAGACCUCGACAAACUCUUGGGUGACAGCCAAUUCAUUGCUCUCGACUGGCCCACAAUUGCAGACUGUCAUUGCUCAGCGGCAGCCAUCAGUGCUGAGAGUCUGUUGCCGGAUGUUGUACCUCCACGAGUAUCUGCUUGGCUACGGCGCUGUGAAGAGAAACUCCCUGGUUUUCAGAAGGUUCACGGUCCUGCACUUGAACAAAUGAAGCAAGCGUUCAGUGGGGGUCCAGUACAACUGAGUUAAUUGAUUGAUUAUGAACCUGAAGCUUUCAACAGAGGAAAGAUUGUUUUUUAUAAUGUUACAAAUAAUACUGGAUACAUUUCACAUAAAUAUUUUAAUAUAUCCACAUUUACAAAAUGUAGCUGAAUAAAGGAACAUCCAAUGUGUGCUAAUAUUACAGCAA